GUCUGGCUUGACAAGUGUUUUACAACCGCGGAGCUCGGGUCUAAGCUCGUUGGGAGGUAUCCCGUGUCGGUGAGGGUCCCGAAGUAUCGAGUGGCCCCCACCCCCCUCUCUCCUCCCCUUUCGCUAUCCGGAACAGAGGGGCGCCGACGUCAAAACUUUCUCUACAACUUCGCCAAGUCGAUGUCGGUGACAAGCGGCGGUAUUUUUAGUUGUGGCCGUCAUCGCGCUGUGACUGGCUGGCUGUGGGCUUUCUAUAAAGGACGCGCGACUCGACAUGCAGCUUUACAACAGCGCCUUGACGCACUUCCCGAGAUCGUCCCGCAAAGUCACCAUCGCUUUAUCCGGCGGAACCGCCACCCCGCCUGAGGAAGACUCACCUGGACCGAGCCAGCCGGAUCUGACUGCUCCUUCCGCAAACAUGCCUGCUUUUUCUUGCUACGAAGCCUCCCCCUCCUCGAGGCCCAGGCCUGUUUAUUUCACAUCCACUGCCGAGUUACUUAUACGAAGAGCGGACGGAGUGGAGAGGACGGUACCGGUCCAAAUCACCAGGGUGUCCAAACCUCCAUCCCCUGACGACGAACUGGUCGACUUUAUCGAUGAGCUCAGGAACAGGACAGAUGGACUUUUUCUCGAGGACCCCCCGGAGAGUCUUCUGUUUGCGAAUGAGGCGAGGAGUAACAGGUUGGUGCCCGAAGAAGAGCCUUGUGGCGAUUCACCAGAACCCCUCCGGAGUGAUGAGGGGGCAACAUCCGACUUCGAGUUGAGCGUCCUGCAGGAGCAAAGCGUCGACGACAAGGUGGCCCGCGAUGACAAGGUGGCCCGCUACUUGGCCGAGGUGGAAACGCAGAAUAAGUACCUCCGUGAGAGACGCAAGUUCCGUUACCACAUCAUCCCGGAUGGUAACUGUCUCUACCGAGCUGUGUGCAAAGCCACGUACGGGGACCAGGCGGGGCACGGCGAGCUGCGGGAGCGCACGGUGCAUCACAUCGCCGACCACCUCGACCAGUUCAACCCGGUGAUCGAGGGCGACGCCGGCGAGUUCCUCAUCAACGCGGCGCAGGACGGCGCUUGGGCCGGAUACCCCGAACUUCUCGCCAUGAGCCAAAUGCUCAACGUCAACAUCCACCUGACCACAGGGGGCAGCGCCGAGAGCCCCACCGUGUCCACCAUGGUGCACUUCCUGGGCGAGGAGGACCCGUCCAAGCCGGCCGUCUGGCUGAGCUGGCUGAGCAACGGACACUACGACGUGCUCAUGGACACCUGCGCGGACAACCCCGAAUACGAGGACUGGUGCCGACACUCCCAGAUGCAGAGGAGACGGGACGAGGAGUUGGCCAAGUCCAUGGCGGCGUCCUUGUCCAAAAUGUACAUUGAGAAAAACGGGGCGGUGUAAAUGCAGAGUGACUGUUUGUUUUGUGCCUUAAGUGAUAUCAUUUUUUUUUUAAAAUAUAUAUAAGAUGUAUGAGUUUUAACCAAGUGCUGUGCACAUAUUUGACUGUUUGCUACCAUGGUGACUUGAGUGGAUGUAAUUUUAUGCCAGUUCAGAAGUUUUUUUUUGGGGGGGGGUUGUUGUCACAAAUAACUGAUGAUUAUUUUUUGGAUCAUUGCGACUGUUUUCACCCUCAAAUAGCUCUCGCAGAACUAUUUUUUGAAAAUUCCCAAAUAAAUCUUGAAUAUGUUUUGGGAAAUCUUGAAAAGUGCUACUUUCCUUGAACUAAUACAACAACCCCAAAAAAAUGUAGAUUUAUUUAUUUUUUUCUCCAUGAAUCCAUCUGACUCGUAAAAAACAACAACAAAAAAAAAACUUUGGGGAAUGCACAAGACCAUUCCUUUGAAAGCUUUUCCAAAUAUGACUCAAAAGAAAUCCUACCUUCCUCACGUAAAUACAUUGUCACAAACGUACUUCUUUUUGUUUUAAUUUUUAUUUUUAUUUUUUUUAUGAAUAUAACAAUGCUGUUUUGUUUUUUUGUUUUUGCCGGGGGGUAUGGGAUCAUAAUAUGACUUUAUAAACACAUAUCCUGUCUUGAUCAUGACUACUUUUUCUAAAAUGAAAAUUAU